UUGGUUUGUUUCCAUCUCAGGUUUUGAUUUCAAAGGAGGCAGGCGUGUGGGAGUAUAUGCAAAGCUUUUAAAUAAUUCUAUGUUGGAACUUGGACUCCGGUGGGGGGAAAAACAUGGCGAAAGUUUUGGAUGUCGAGGAAGGACAUGAAGGAGGUCACAAUGAGUUUAGCAACAUCAUUAAAUCUAGAUCUGAUGAACACAAUGAUGUGCAAAAGAAGACCUUCACAAAAUGGAUAAAUGCUCGCUUUUCAAAGUGUGGAAAGCUGCCAAUAAAAGAUAUGUUCACAGAUCUCAGAGAUGGCAGAAAACUUUUGGAUCUCUUGGAGGGACUGACAGGGAAUCCACUGCUGAAAGAACGUGGAUCGACAAGAGUCCAUGCUUUGAAUAAUGUCAACAAAGUACUUCAGGUGUUACAUCAGAACAAUGUGGAGCUCGUAAACAUAGGAGGGACUGACAUUGUUGAUGGAAAUCACAAACUGACUCUUGGGUUGUUAUGGAGCAUAAUUUUGCAUUGGCAGGUCAAAGAUGUCAUGAAGGAUAUAAUGUCAGAUCUACAGCAAACAAACAGUGAAAAAAUCCUGUUGAGUUGGGUGCGACAGUCAACGAGGCCUUAUAGUGAGGUCAAUGUUUUGAACUUCACAACAAGCUGGACAGAUGGGCUUGCCUUCAAUGCUGUGAUCCAUAGGCACAAACCUGAGCUGUUUGGCUGGGGAAAAGUAAGCAAAAUGACUCCAACUGAAAGACUAGAACAUGCCUUCAACAUAGCCAAAAAUUACCUGGGGAUAGAAAAAUUGCUAGAUCCCGAAGAUGUUGCAGUACAACUUCCAGAUAAGAAAUCCAUUAUUAUGUACUUGACUUCCUUGUUUGAGGUCCUUCCUCAGCAAGUUACUAUGGAAGAUAUUCAAGAAGUAGAGACUCUACCAAGAAAAUACAGAAAAGAAUGUGAAGAAGGGGAUAUACAGAGUUCCACAUCAGAAGAGGACUAUGGGGGUUCAAGAGCAGAAACCCCCAGCACCGUGACAGAGGUGGAUAUGGACUUGGAUAGCUACCAAGUAGCUCUGGAAGAAGUUCUCACAUGGCUUCUCUCUGCUGAAGAUACAUUCCAAGAGCAAGAAGAUAUAUCUGACAAUGUUGAAGAAGUCAAGGAACAAUUUGCUACACAUGAAGCUUUUAUGAUGGAAUUGACUGCACACCAAAGUAGCGUGGGCAGUGUGCUUCAAGCUGGCAACCAGCUGAUUGCCCAGGGCAAUCUAUCAGAGGAGGAAGAAAGUGAAAUCCAAGAACAGAUGACCUUGCUGAAUUCUAGAUGGGAGGCUCUCAGAGUGGAAAGUAUGGAUCGACAGUCACACCUCCAUGAUGUAUUGAUGGAACUACAGAAGAAGCAAUUGCGGCAGCUGUCUGACUGGUUGACUGAGACAGAAGAGCGCAUUCAAAAGAUGGAAUCUCAGGGCUUCGUGGGAGACUUGGAGGCCUUUCAGCAGCAGAUGGAUGAACAUAAAGGGCUACAAAAUGAUCUUGAAGCAGAGCAGGUUAAAGUAAACUCUUUGACUCACAUGGUCGUCAUUGUUGAUGAAAACAGUGGGGAGAGUGCAACAGCUGUCCUAGAGGAACAACUACAGAGGCUCGGUGAACGUUGGACAGCAGUUUGUCGCUGGACUGAAGAACGGUGGCUCAAACUACAAGAGAUUAAUAUCUUAUGGCAGGAAUUGUUGGAAGAGCAGAGCUUAUUGAAGGCCUGGCUAAUUGAAAAAGAGGAGGCUUUGAACAAAGUACAAACCAGCAACUUCAAAGAUCAAAAAGAGCUUGGUGUGAAUGUUCGAAAGCUGGCAGUUCUGAAAGAAGAUAUGGGAAUGAAACGCCAGACAUUAGAACAGCUGAAUGAGGUGGCCCAGGACGUGACACAACUCUUAAACAACAAGAAGGCACUGAAAAAAAUUGAUAGUGAUUUGGAAGAGCUAACACAGAGGUGGGACAGCGUAGUUCAGAAGCUUGAGGAUUACUCUAAUCAGGUUGCUCAGGCAGCUGCAAAUGUGGGGAUGUCCCAGAUUUCACAGAAGUUUGUCAAAGAAGCAGUCAUUGUUAAAGAGCAGAAAACAGUUAAACACUUCAAACAAGAACAGUCUCCUCCAUCCAUGUCUCCUCCAAAGAAAAGACAAGCCUGCUUGGAUACUGAAAUGAAGAAAAAGCUUGAUUCUGAAAUUGCUGAGCUGUUGAACUGGAUUUUAAAAUCAAAAGCUGCCAUUCAGGCCAUAGAGAUCAAAGAGUACAAGAAGAUGAGAGAGACUUUGGACAUGAAAGAGAAGCUGAAGGAAAUAGAAAAAGAAAGGGCUGAAAAAAAGAGAAUCCUGAAUGAACUGAACCAGACUGUACAACAUUUGCUGGAUUCAAUGGGAAAAGAAGGCCUUCCUACUGAAGAUGUAACAAAUGAGUUAGAGCAGCUGUUGGCAGAGUGGAAAGGGGCAGAUUUGCACUUGGAGGAAGCAGCAAGAAAAAUGCAGUACCAGAAUGAAGUAAAUGUAUAUUUUAGGGAACUGGAUGAGCUUGACAAAACUGUAAAUGAAAAAGAAUUAUGGCUGAAAGACAACUCUACUAUAUCACCUCAACAGCAACCUUUGAUAAAUCAAAAGGAGGCUUGCCAGGGGCAACUCACUCACCUAUUAAAUUUGACUCCUCAAAUGGAAGAUCUUAAAACCAAAUGCAGAGCUCUCUUAUCCCAGCCUGCUGCUCCAAACUUCAUUGAAGAUAGCCUCAACUCUUUGGCUGACCGAUUCAGUUCUGCCCAGCAGAAGCUGGAGAUUCUUCUGAAGCAGCUGAAGAAAGAAUUUGAAAGUCAACCUUCUAAUGAUUAUUUGGAUGCUCUGAAAAAACUGAAAGAUGAGCUGAAUGAAUUGGAAAGCAAGGUGCAGUCUAUCAUGAAAACAAUUAAUGAUUUUAAUAAAGUUGAGAAAGCGCUACAAGAGACAAAGACAGUUUGUGAAACUCUAGAAAAUCAGAAAAGAAUGGUAGAUAAACUUGCAGCAGACACACAAGGCUUAGAGAAACAUAUUCCUGCUGAAAAAUCAAAGCUCUACAAGCAAGAAUUCAAAUGCUUGCAGGGAUAUAGGGAUAAGCUAAAGAUGAAAAUUUCUAAGGAUGUUCAUCUAUUGGAAGAAAUCAUUUCCAAAUUGAGAAUAUUUGAGGCUGAUGCAAAACUGGUUCAAAAGUGGUUGGAUGGUGUGAAAGACUUCUUAAUGAAAGAACAGUCUGUCCAAAGGGAUCCUGAAGGUCUUCAAAGGCAGCUUGAUCAAUGCAUGCUGUUUGUUAUUGAAAUGGAAAAGACAGAGUUGUCCUUAAAAGAGAUGAAAGAAAUAGACUCUGCUUUAAGAGGCCAGCCUGUCAGUAACUGGGUGAAAUCUAAACUGGCAGGUGUCCAGUCGCAGUGGGAGAAACUGAGCAAGCAGAUCAUUAGUCAGAAAAAUCAAUUAUCUGAGAGUCAAGAAAAAGCUGUAAACCUCAAAAAGGAUUUGGCAGAGAUGCAAGAAUGGAUGGCUCAGGCUGAAGAAGAGUAUUUGGAGAGAGAUUUUGAGUACAAGAGUCCAGAUGAGUUGGAGAAUGCUGUGGAGGAAAUGAAGAGAGCAAAAGAAGAUGUGCUGCAGAAGGAAGUGCGAGUGAAAAUUUUGAAAGACAACAUUAAGAUGUUAGCUGCUAAACUGCCAUCUGGUGGCCAGGACUUAGCAACUGAGCUUAACCUGGUAUUGGAGAAUUACCAGCAACUUUGCAACAGGAUUCGAGGGAAAUGUCACACUUUGGAGGAAGUGUGGUCUUGCUGGAUAGAGCUGUUACACUAUUUGGAUCUGGAAACAGCCUGGCUGAAUACUUUGGAAGAGAAAAUGAAAUGCACUGAAAAUUUACCAGAUAAAGUGGAAGCUGUCAAUGAUGCUCUUGAGUCACUGGAAUCUGUCCUGCGGCAUCCUGCGGAUAAUCGGACUCAAAUUCGGGAGCUUGGCCAAACAUUGAUUGAUGGAGGGAUCCUUGAUGAAAUUAUCAGUGAAAAAUUGGAGGCUUUCAAUGCUCGCUAUGAAGAAUUAAGCCAUGUGGCAGUGAGCAGACAGAUUUCCUUGGAACAACAGCUUCAAAUGAUGCGGGAAACUGAGCACAUGUUACAAGUUCUCCAAGAAAGUUUGAAGGAUCUGGAUAAGCAGCUAACGUCAUACUUGACUGAUAGAAUAGAUGCCUUUCAAAUGCCACAGGAGGCACAGAAAAUCCAAGCUGAGAUUGCUGCCCAUGAAUCUACCUUGGAAGAGCUAAAAAAGAAUGUGCGGUCAUGGAUGCCAGCUGUCCCAGAAUGCAGAUCUCCUCGUGGUGGGUCACAACUGGAUGCCUUACAGAGAAAACUCCGGGAAGUAUCUACAAAAUAUCAACUAUUCCAGAAGCCAGCAAAUUUUGAGCAACGUAUGUUGGAUUGCAAACGGGUUCUGGAUAAUGUAAAGGCUGAACUCCACGUUUUGGAUGUGAAGGACAUUGACCCAGAUAUAAUUCAAUCUCAUUUCGAUAAGUGCAUGAAACUCUACAAGACCCUUAGUGAAGUAAAGCUUGAAGUGGAAACUGUUAUCAAAACAGGAAGACAAAUUGUACAGAAACAACAGACUGACAAUCCUAAGAGCAUGGAUGAACAACUGACUGCACUGAAAUUUCUUUAUAAUGAUUUGGGAGCACAGGUCACUGAAGGGAAGCAAGAUCUAGAACAGGCACUGCAAUUGUCAUGCAAAUUAAAGGAUGUAUCUUUCUCCUUGGCGAAAUGGCUGGAGGCUACUGAGGCUGAGUUAGUACAGAAGUCGACUUCAGGAAGUUUACUUGCUGAUUUGGACACUGAAAUUGCAUGGGCGAAGAAUGUGCUGAGAGAACUGGAAAGGAAGAAAGUUGAUCUUAACACUGUAACAGAGAGUAGUGCUGUCCUCCAGACCUUAGUGGAAGGCAGUGAGACGUCUUUGGAGGAAAAAGUCUGCAUUCUUAAUGCUGGUUGGAGUAGAGUCCGAACAUGGACAGAAGAUUGGUACAACACUCUUUUGAAUCACCAAAGUCAAUUGGAGAUUUUUGAUGAGACUGUUGCGCACAUAAGCACUUGGCUUUACCAAGCUGAAGCCCUGCUGGAUGAGAUUGAGAAAAAGUCAGCCAGUGAGAAAGAAGAGACAGUGAAGCGCCUGACAUCAGAGUUGGAUGAUGUUAGUCUCAGAAUUGACAGUGUGCGUGACCAAGCUGUUAUCCUGAUGAAUAGCCGUGGUGUGUCGUGCCGUGAGCUUGUAGAGCCCAAAUUAGCUGAACUGAACAGGAACUUUGAGAAAGUAUCACAGCAUAUCAGAAGUGCUAAGAUGUUUUACAGUCAAGAAGGCCAUAAAAUAUUUGUCAAGCAAGAGUUCUAUGAACCUUCUGUGGCUUCUACAGACCUUGAUAAAUUUGAAUGUGAGUUACACGACAUGCUGAAUAUGGUGGAGAAGCACAUGGAAUCAAAAGAAGAUGAUGAAAAGCUGGAUGAAGAGAGAGCUCAAAUUGAGGAAAUUUUACAAAAAGGUGAGCAGUUGUUACAACAGCUUACAGAAGACAGCAGGCGAGAGAAUAUUCGUUUGAAGCUUUUGCUCCUGCAGACCAGACAAAGCAGUAUUAAGGAGCUCAGAUUGCUACAAAGAAGGCAAGAGGUAGAAGCCUCACCUUCAUUCUCCCCAUAUAAUACAAGCAAAGAAAGCCAUUCACAUUGGCUGAAUGAGACUGAUGGAAACCUUUCCAGACUACAGAAAUCAGAAGAUGAGGGGAAGUUUCAGGAAGCCCCAGAAAGAAUCCAAGGUCCUAAUUUAUCAACAAUCAGGGUAUCUCCGUUCCCUGCAGAAUACUUGGUAGAAAUUAACAAGAUUUUGCUGGCUAUAGCUGAUUCUGAGCUCUUGCUAAAUGCUCCUGAACUUCAUUCUGGUGCUUUUGAGGAUUUCUCUACUCAAGAAGAUUCAUUAAAGAACAUAAAAGACAUGUUGGACAAACUUGGUGAUCAGAUUGCAAUUAUUCAUGAAAAACAACCGGAUGUUAUACUGGAAGCAUCUGGACCUGAAGCUAUACAAAUAGGAGACUCGCUAACACAGCUGAAUGCAGAAUGGGACAGAAUUAAUAGGAUGUAUAAUGAUCGCAAAAGUUGCUUUGAUAAGUCUGUGGAAGAGUGGAGGCAGUUCCAUUGCGAUCUCAAUGAUCUAUCACAGUGGUUAACAGAAGCGGAAGGUUUGCUGGCUGAAGCCCAUGCUGCAGAUGGAAACCUGGAUAUAGAUACAGGAAGGAUACACCAGCAGGAACUUGAAGAAGGAGUCAGCAGCCAUCAGGCCAGCUUUUCAGCACUGAACAGAACAGGGGAAGGAAUCAUACAGAAACUCUCCACUACAGAUGGAAGCUUCUUGAAAGAGAAACUAGCAGGGUUAAAUAAACGCUGGAAAGCCACCACUGCUCAAGUCAUGGAAAGACAACAGAGAUUGAAAAUGGAAAAUCAACAAUUAAUAGACUUCACAAGAAAGCUAGAAGAAUUUAGUUGCUGGGUAGAAAACGUAGAAAAUGCCCUGGGUGAGAAACCUACAGUCAGCCAUGAAGAAAAUCUGCGAGAAUUAAUGGGCCUGAUUGAGGAGAUAGAUGUGCAAGGAGAGAAACUUAAAUGGCUAAACAGAAGUGAACCAGAUGUGCUCUCAAAUAAAAGCAUUGGGCCUCCAGAAAGAGAAAAUAUUUCUGAAAGACUGAGGUUCCUGAAUAUUAGGUGGAAAAAGUUGUUCAGAGAAGCACCCAACAGAGUGAGAGAACUGGAGACACAUGUUCAUCAGCUCCAUCUUGUGCCACAGGCAAAGCCUCCUGGGUACCCUGUUCUCCAAAAGAUGGUGCUAGUGUCCUCUGGCUCUGAAAGCAUCACUCAAAUGCCACAGACUUUGGAAAUCUCUGCACCUGCUGAUCUCAAUAAAACUACAACAGAACUGGCUGACUGGUUGGCAUUGAUUGACCAGAUGCUGAAGUCCAACAUAGUUACUGUGGGAAAUGCUGAGGAAAUCAAUCGGACAAUUGCACGUAUGAAAAUAACAAAGGAAGAUUUAGAGCAUCGGCAUCCCCAGUUGGAUUCUGUGUUUACUUUGGCACAGAAUCUGAAAAACAAAACAUCAAGUUCUGAUGUGAGGACAGCAAUCACAGAAAAAUUGGAGAAAUUGAAGAAUCAAUGGGAUAAUACUCAGCAUGGGGUGGAAGUACGCCAACACCAGUUAAGACGCAUGCUUUCUGACAGCAUGAAGUGGGAUGACCUGAAACAAGAAAUGGAGAACCUAAUUGGACAAUAUGAGAUACAUCUUCAUGCUCUUUUACAAACACCCAAAGAAAAACUUACUAAGCAAAUCUCUGAAAACAAAAUAUUGAUACAAGAUCUAGACAAAGGUGAUGCCAAGAUGAAUCCAUUCAAUGAUCUUUCAAAUAAACUUCUUCAAGAACACAGUAGUGAUGACACAAGAAAAGUAAAGGAAAUUAUGGAUCAUUUGAAUACAUCAUGGAUUAAUUUGAAACAAAGAACCGUUAAUAGGCAGAAUGCUUUGGAAGCUGACCUGAAAACAGUACAUGCCUUGCUCAAAGACCUUGAAAAUUUUCUCAAGUGGUUACAAGAAGCAGAAGCUACUGUUAAUGUCCUUGCAGAUGCAUCACAACGGGAACCUGCUCUUCGGGACAACUCUUCAGGAAGGGAACUGAAAAAGCAGAUGGAGGAUAUUCAGGCUGAAAUUGAUGCCCACAAUGAUAUCUUCAAGAGCAUUGAUGGAAAUAGACAGAAGAUGGUGAAAGCCUUAGGAAACUCUGAUGAGGCUGCACUGUUACAACAUCGUAUUGAUGACAUGAAUCAACGCUGGAAUGACCUGAAAGCAAAGUCUGCCAGUAUCAGAGCUCACUUAGAAGCAAGUGCAGAGAAAUGGAACAAGUUGCUCAUAUCACUGGAAGAGCAUAUCAAGUGGCUGAAUCUGAAAGAUGAAGAUUUAAAGAAACAGAUGCCUAUUGGUGGGGAUGUUCCAACUGUACAACAGCAGUAUGACCACUGCAAAGCACUCAGGCGUGAACUGAAAGAUAAAGAACAAGCCAUUCUAAAUGCUGUGGAUCAAGCACGAGUUUUCCUUGCUGAUCAGCCAAUUGAAGGCCCUGAAGAACCAAGGAAAAACUUACUUUCAAAGUCAGAGUUGACCCCUGAAGAAAAAGCCCAGAAGAUUGCCAAAGCAAUGCGUAAGCAGUCUGCGGAAGUGAAAGAGAAGUGGGAAAACCUCAGCUCCUGUGCCAACAGUUGGCAGAAGCAAGUCGAAAAGGCACUAGAAAAGUUGAAAGAUUUGCAGUGUUCUAUGGAUGACCUAGAUGCUGACUUGAGAGAUGCAGAGAAUGUGCGGAAUGCUUGGAAACCUAUUGGAGAGGCAUUGACUGAUUCAUUCCAGGAUCACAUUGAUAAAACAACAGCAUUUAGAGAAGAAAUUGCACCAAUCAGCUUGAAAGUUAAAGCUGUCAACGAUUUAUCCAGUCAGCUCUCUCCACUUGAUCUCCACCCAUCCUUAAAGAUAUCACGGCAACUUGAUGAUCUCAAUAUGCGCUGGAAACUUUUAGAGGUAUCUUGUUCUCUUCAGUGGAUUGGGGAAUAUGCCCAUUUGAUGCUUUUCUCUUGCAAUAUGAAUCGAUCCUUUAUUGGUUUAUUUAUUCUCUUAGAUAUUUCACACCCUGCUUUGCAGCUGGAAAACUUUCCAGAUAAGUUUAUGUACAGCUGUCUCAAAGUGAAGUAUUCUGUACCCUCAUAUUUUCUCAUUCUUCAGGCUGUGCAUAGAGAUGAAGGAAUUGACUCUGUUCAGCUACCGUGGCAGAGGUCAGUGUCACAUAACAAAGUUCCAUACUACAUCAAUCAUCAGACGCAGACAACCUGCUGGGAUCACCCUAAAAUGACUGAACUCUUCCAGUCAUUAGCUGAUUUAAACAACGUACGUUUUUCUGCUUACCGUACAGCCAUAAAAAUCCGGAGACUACAAAAGGCAUUGUGUCUGGACCUACUGGACCUAAAUACUACAAAUGAAGCUUUCAAACAGCACAAAUUGACCCAAAACGACCAACUGCUAAGUGUUCAGGAUGUGGUCAGCUGUCUCACUACAAUUUACAGUGGAAUGCAAGAGAAGCACAAAGACCUGGUGAAUGUUCCUCUUUGUGUAGAUAUGUGUCUCAAUUGGCUGCUGAAUGUUUAUGACACUGGCAGGACUGGAAAAAUCAGAGUGCAGUCUUUGAAGAUUGGCUUGAUGUCUCUUUCUAAGGGUCUUCUAGAGGAAAAAUACAGAUAUCUUUUUAAGGAAAUAGCUGGGCCUACAGAAAUGUGUGACCAGAGACAGCUUGGCCUCUUGCUUCAUGAUGCUAUUCAAAUCCCACGGCAGCUUGGGGAAGUAGCUGCUUUUGGAGGCAGCAAUAUUGAACCCAGUGUCCGCAGCUGUUUCCAACAGAAUAAUAAUAAGCCAGAAAUCGGUGUGAAACAUUUCAUAGACUGGAUGCACCUGGAGCCUCAGUCAAUGGUAUGGCUGCCUGUUCUACACAGAGUAGCAGCUGCAGAAACAGCAAAACAUCAGGCCAAGUGCAACAUCUGCAAGGAAUGCCCAAUUGUUGGCUUUAGGUAUCGGAGCCUGAAACAUUUCAACUAUGAUGUCUGCCAAAGCUGUUUUUUUUCUGGACGUACAGCAAAGGGCCACAAGUUACAUUAUCCAAUGGUGGAGUAUUGCAUACCAACAACAUCAGGAGAAGAUGUACGAGAUUUCACUAAAGUGCUAAAGAAUAAGUUCCGGUCAAAGAAGUAUUUUGCUAAACACCCACGGCUUGGAUAUCUACCCGUGCAAACAGUCUUAGAAGGUGACAAUUUGGAGACACUGGCCCAGAUGGAACGGACCAAUGGUUCUUUGUUCACAGAUGGUAGCUCCACCACAGGAAGUGUGGAGGAUGAGCAUGCCCUUAUCCAGCAGUACUGUCAGACUCUGGGAGGGGAGUCACCUGUGAGUCAGCCACAGAGCCCAGCACAGAUCUUGAAGUCAGUAGAGAAAGAGGAACGAGGAGAACUGGAACGCAUCAUUGCAGAUCUUGAGGAAGAACAAAGGAUGCUACAGGUGGAAUAUGAGCAACUAAAGGAACAGCAUCUUCGAAAGGGUAUGAAUGUCCUGAGCUCACCCUCAGACUCAGCUAUAUCACCACAGCACACAUCUGAAGAUGCUGAACUCAUUGCAGAGGCCAAACUUCUACGGCAGCAUAAAGGUCGUCUUGAGGCUAGAAUGCAGAUUUUGGAAGACCAUAACAAGCAGUUGGAAUCUCAGCUUCACCGGCUACGACAGCUGCUUGAACAGCCUGAAACAGAUUCCAGAGUUAAUGGGGGUUCUUCCUGUGCUUCACCUCAGCAUUCUUCCCUCAGCUAUUCACUUGAGCAAGAUUCCAGUUCACAUUUUAAUCAAACAGGUGUAGAUGACUUGUUAGUCCCACCUCAUGAUACUAGCACAGAUCUAACAGAUGUCAUGGAACAAAUUAACAGCACAUUUCCAGCUUGCCGCACAAAUCUUGCUGGCAGAUCACAGGCCAUGUGACGUUUUCAUUCUGAAGACCACCUACUCUUCCUGGCAUCAACUACAGCCCUUUCCUACAAGUUUCAAGUUCCAGUAAUCGUACAGCUGCAUGGGACCUUGUAACAUACUGUUCAGCUCUGUGUGUUCUUAUUUCAAUUAAGAAAACACUUGAACUAUCCAAAGAUAAGGAUGUUGUGGUUUUAUAAUGUGUGUAUUUUUCCCUCCUCCUUCCCUCUCUAUGCAACUGUAAAUUAACAAACUGUGGAGUAUUUGGAAAUAGGUAUACAUAUGUCAUUGAUUUAUAUAAUAUGCAGUAUCAGAAAAGGGGGCACGGGUUUAUAUCCAUUCUUUUUUGAUAUUGCUAAAGUGAAUUGCAUACAGUUUGGAGCAAAGUGUUAAAUUUAUACAUUCCUUUCAGCUUUUGCAUUUCCUGUUUCAAGUAACUCCUCUUUUGACACAUAUACAGCUCUGCACAGGUUAUUUAUACUAAGCCUAACAGUUUAAAAAUGUGGAAAAUUUAUCAUAACGCUCCCAGUUAGUAUUUGACAAAUAACAUUUCUGGCUAUCAGUAUAACACACGAGAGUCUGUUUUGUUCCGGCUAACCUCAGCUGUAGUAACUGUUGGCACUAAAAUAGCGUUUUAAUGGUUUCUGUCUCCCAACUGAAUGUUGACUGAUCCUUUCCUUCAGACUUUGACUUUCAAUUGUGAGCUAAGCUGCAUUUUAACUCUAUACAGUCAUUCUGAGUAUAUUCCAUUUCAGAUUUCUACAAGGGAAAAUUGUCUACAUGGUCUAAUCGUGCCAAAUUUUGUCAAGUCUUUUGUGUAAAUCACCCAGUGGAAAGAAGAAGCUCCAAACUUGAAAUUGUUGUACAGUAUUCUCCUUUUGGAAUAGUAAUACACAAAGGAGCUGUGGCCACUUUAGUGGUAAGCUGUUCUGCCUUAAUGUCAGAAGGUUUGGCAGAAUAGCUUUCACCAGUACCAUCUCAUACAACUUUUGAAAUGGUUCUUAUAAUGUAUAUGUUUAAAGUUAAGGAAACCUGUGGAGAAUUCAAACACAGCUGAUGAUUAAUUGUUCCUUCACUGUGAAUUUGCAUGGGCAUUUACAGUCACUAUAAAACACUAAUUUGCUCAAUAGGUUACAUGUGUGAAAUAAAAUCUUUCAAGGAUCCAAAUGGUAUUGGGGGAAAAUCCACUCUGAUUGUUCAGAAAGUUAUGCCCAAUAACAAAGUGGCCAGACCUAAUGUUUUGCUGGUUUUCCACAUAAGGCCUAAGACAACGCUCAUAUUCCUAAUGAAGUUGUAGUAUGAGCUGUGAUUUGGCAGUGAAACUUAGUUCUCCUAAUGGCGUUGUCAUGAUGACCACUCACUUUGCCCAUGUCUUGCCUCUAAAGCAGAGCUAGCAAUAAUAAUAGUUAUGCCUGGAGAUAACUAUGAGUUUCAAAUUAGGUAAUAUAUGUUAAACACUCUGAUGACUUUAAGUGCUAUCUAAAUAAAAAGUAUUAUUUUUGAGGGGGGGGGGGGGGGGGGGGGGCUGCCAAAAGCAGGUAACAGAAAAGCAGGUGGAUUUUUCAUCUAGACAGAAAUAUAUUUUGGUAUAGAUAUUUUGAGAAGGAAGAAAAAUGUUUUGCAGAAAAGGAAAGCCAUGAUCACCUUUCUACCUCAACCUUUUUUUCUUUUUUUUUUUUUUUUAGGAUUUAGUUUUGGAAACAGCUCAAUGUUCUGGUUUGGCACAGUAAUUUCUUUUACCAGAUCACAUCAAAGUAAGGGAAAAGAAAACUAGCCCCCCUCUUUAUAAAAAUGCUUUAGCAGAAAAGAUCCCAGUAAUGGAAAUAAUGGCUUUUAUGUUAUGACUGAAAGGUUAUAUAUAUGAAUUGUUUUUUCUGCUUGUGUUUGUAUGCAAAUUCUGUCCUCUACUCUGCUGUCAAGUAAAAGCUACUUAAAAUAUUACAUUGUAAUAGUCUUCUUCUGAGACACUGAUAAAUAAAAUGAAUAUGUUGCAGUAACAUCUCAAAACAAAAAGUAUGUAGUUCUUUUGAAUUUUCUGGUAUUAAACUAUCACACUUCCCUUUUCUAAAUCUGGUUACAUGGUACGAAUUUCACUCUGAAUAAAAUUAAUUUUUAAGUGAA